AUGGGACAACUCGAAAAGAAUUUAGUACAUAUGGGUAUCAAUACUGCUUAUUUGAUUCAAUUAUUGAUAGAUAAUCGUUAUGACUUUUCAAAUGAAACUAUCAACAUGAUACUCGACGUUGUAGUGAAUCAAGAUGACGGUGAUAUUCGUCAAGUUUUGAAACCUUUAUUGGAACAUGACAAUAGAGAGAUACCAUUAUUACUAUUGAAAAAAUCAUAUGAAACUUUUGGUAGAGAUUAUUUAUUAUCCAAUCAACUCGUUUAUCUCAAUGGAAGUGAUAUUCAAUUCCAACAAAGAAUGAUUGAUGUUUUAUUAAAGCAAGCUGAAUUGGAUUCAAAAGACCGAUGGGGAAAAACUAAAGAAUACUAUUUCCUAUCAUUAGAAACUACAAACCAAAUGAUUUUGGUUGAAUUAUUGUUUCAUAAUAAUUGGAAAAUUGUAGAAGAUGCCAAGUUUCCAAUUAAUCUACCCACAUUGAUUAGACCAGUCUCUCAACUUUUAGUAGACCAAGAUAUUCCACCAGAAGAAAAAGAAGGCAUCCUCAGAACGUUGUUGUGCAAUUGUAUUGACAGAGAUGGUGGAUUAUUAUCAUGGUGCCACCAAAUUCGUUUUGGACACUUACUACAAGUUUGUCUCAUUGGUCUUAAAAUCAAUUGA